GGAGAUAGCGGGACGAUGGAAGCAGCCCGGAGCCUUUAAACAAGACCCCUGCGUGGUAUCAUCCGACCAAAAAGUAGAAAAGACUUCGUUAGAACUAAAAAAAAAAAUAAUAAUAACUGUCGCGACAUAAGAUUACACUUUACAGGAGCGUCUGUCAUAUUCACCUCAGAGCGCCACUCUGCUGGGAUGCACGGGUUAGCUAGCUAACGUUAGCUGGCUAGCUAGCUUCGCGCAGCGCGGGGGGAAAGUGCCGCCGAGUCCGUGUUCGCUGUUAUCGCGGUGGGAGACAGAGAGAGAGAGUCAAUAUGGAGAAAACUAACCGCAUCGGAGAUUUGUUCCGCUAUCUCCAAGACCCGCAUCACGUCGCCCGCUUCCAGCAGUUUUGCGGGGUACGCGGGACGUUUUCCAGAAGCGUUUCUCCGGGUCCCGGCGUCAAGGAAGCGGACCGGACUAAGGCGCACAACAACGGGGCUUUACAUCACCUCAGCGGGGAGAGUGGCUCUAACAUCACCGCUAAGGGAGCAGGGGAAGGGGAGAAAUCACAGACAGCAGCGGCGGGGGUUCGGCAGAGGAUUGCCGCCGAGGACUGUGUGAAAAAGGACGGGGAAAAUGGAAACGUAGCGCAGAAUGGGGCAGCGGUCACCGCCACCGCCGCCGCGGGAGAGAACGACCGGAGCUUCGCCGCGGGUCACGCCGGCUCCAGCGGCGCCGAGGCGGGCUGCUCGGAGGACGGGGUGCCCGCACCGGCUCGGAGCAGCACCAUCAAACCGCUCCGUAAAAACUCUCUGACAGGCGACGCCGGGCAGGAGUUCCUGAUCGAGAACAAGUUCCUGUACUACAUGUUCACUUUCGGAACCGAGCUGGGCAACGAGUUUUUCUACAUCACCUUCUUCCCCUUCCUCAUGUGGAACGUGGACGCCUUCGUGAGCAGGCGGCUGAUCAUGGUCUGGGUCUGGGUCAUGUACCUGGGGCAGUGCACCAAGGAUGUGAUCGGCUGGUCCCGGCCCUCCUCCCCGCCCGUGGUCAAAGUGGAGAUGUUUUACAACUCGGAGUACAGCAUGCCGUCCACACACGCCAUGUCGGGCACGGCCAUCCCGUUCUCCCUGUUCCUGCUGACCUACGGCCGGUGGGAGUACCCGUUCACUCUGGGCUUCAGCCUCGCUCUCUGCUGGUGCCUUCUGGUCUGCGUCAGCCGAAUCUACAUGGGCAUGCACUCUAUACUGGAUGUGAUAGCCGGCGUCCUGUACAGCGUCAUCAUCCUGCUGUUCUUCCUGCCGGUCCUGGACCUGAUCGACACCUUCAACCUGACAUGCCGCUACGCCCCGCUCAUCAUCAUCUCCCUCCACCUGGGGCUCGGCCUCUUCUCCUUCACCCUGGACACCUGGAGCACCUCGCGGGGUGACACCGCUCAGAUCCUGGGCACCGGCGCCGGAGUGGCUCUCGCCUCACACGUCAACCACCUCCUGGGCCUGAUGCCCGACCCGCCUCCGGAGGCGCUGCCCUUCUCCAUGCCGCCUCUCAGCCUACAGCUGGUGGGUUUGGCCGUGCUGCGGCUCUUCCUGGGCGUCCUGGUGCUGGUGGCCACGCGGGCGCUGAUGAAGGCCUUCACCAUCCCCCUGGUCUGCCGGGUGUUUGGGAUCCCCAGCGGAGACGUGAGGAAGGCCAGGCAGCACAUGGAGGUGGAGCUGCCCUACCGCUACAUCGUCUACGGCACAGUGGGCUUCAACGUCCUCUUCCUGGUCCCGUUUCUCUUCAGCUACCUGCAGCUCUCCUGAUCGGACGGUUGGUUUGCUGGCGGGUGAAGUGACUCCAACAGAAAACGUCACCAUGCUGUUAUCUUUCUCCGUCCGCUCUCCUGGCCAGAGCAGGCGGCUUGUGACCGGAGGAAGGUGAAUUUUCUACCUGAACACUGAUCUGGAUGCUAUCAGUUUUGCAGUUUUUUCCACUGUUGGCUCAGGUUAGGACCGAAGAGGCUGAACCUGACGGGGCAGCCGCACCCGACUGUCCUGAACGAACCUCACCUCUCCUCACCUCAAUCCUCGUUCUUAGUUUCUACAGGAUAGGUUUCCUCCUCCACGCUCCUCGAGUGUGGCCUGUCGGCAGGGUCGCCAGUCAGAGGCUCAUCGGCCUUGUCUGGUAUCUAUCAGUUUUACCUGCCACUGUGGCAAGGAACAUCUAUCUAUUCUAGUCUCUAAAUUAUUUAAAAGAAGAGUAAAAUCGAAACGGUUCAACACUUUUACAGGUGAACCGACUCCUACUGCUCCCCAGUCAGCUUCAUUCAGACUAACAGCAAUAACUCUGUAGCAGUGGCCCAGAGGGACCGUUUGACUAAAGCCACUUGUAGCUACAUGCCCGAUUUGUGUCUUACUAUUUUCAUUAUCAUUACAAUUCAUUGCUUUUAUUUUAAAAGUUCAGACAAAGAACCAUAUAAGCACACACAGGAAGGCGGUGUUGUUUAUUCAGGAGUGAAGAAGGUGGAAGCUGUGUACAUUCAGGAGAUGUGUACACUUCAUCCUCUGAGUUUUAUGGAGCGACUGUACAUCUGUCUGCAUUAUGGCAGUGGCCGGAAACUUCACUUUCCUCUCCAGUGGCCACCGAGGCUGCACGAUCCCAGAAAAAAAGCCCCUAAUUAUUACUCUUUCACCAGCCAGAACACUUGUAGCUCCUUCUGAAAAUGUUUGGUUUCCUGCCAAAGAGGCAAGGGAAGUGAAAAGUCUGCGAGCCACGAUCUGAAUCAACUCGCAUUUGACUGGUGGCUGGUGGAAACUUCUCGUUCUUCCUGUGGCUUUUCAGAAUCUCUGAUGUUUUUAUGGUUCUUUGUCAGAAAGCUUUAUGAUACUCGUAUUUGAUCUGCCUUUCCUGUCUCUCACCUCUCAAGGCAAUAAUAUCCUUAUGCUUUUAUGUACCGCAUCCCUGUGUUGGAGUUUGUCCCGAUGGAGAAAUCUCCUCCCUUGAUCUCGGUUACCCCUGUGGAGUCACCCCCCUCACCCUCCCACUCCCCUUCCCUUUGAGUUUAAACUUCACUGAACCUUUCUUACCUGUGGAAGUGAUGCUGAGAGACAUCAGACAUUACAGUCUGAUGGUCUCCCAGGUGUCUGAUCGCACAUGUACAGUGUUUUUUUUUUGUUGUUGUUGUUUUUUUCCCAAAGGACUCUUCCUGUCCUCUGUCUGCUUUUCUGCUGUUCUCUCGUCUGCUCCGGGAUCGAUUGCUUUUCCUGUGACGCGACGGGACAAGAGCAAUGACUGGGCACAUAUGAUCCGAAAGGAAGGAAGGAAGGAAGGAAGUGUCGCUGUUUAGUUUCACAGUGGGAAAUGUACAGAUAGUUUUUAAUAGUAUAUUUUUUUUCUAUAAGGUUGUCAGGGUGACGGGAGUCGGUGCGUGCUGAGCUGACCCGCUCAGCUUUCAACACGGCAGCACCGACUUCCUGUCUGAUAAAACAGGGAUGCUCUCGACCGCACGCGUCUACAUCCUGUGCCGGGGGGGGCGCGUCGUCCCGCUGUGUCGGGAGGGAGGAGAUGGUGCCGAUAACGGCGCUCUCAGGAGGAAACGCCACGUGGGCAGCAGAGAGAGGGCAGGACAGGGACGCAGAGCGGGGAGGAUGCUGCCCGGCUGGGCCUAAACAUGUUUUGAAAAUAUGUUUUGUAGCUGGAGGGAAGACGGACGUUUGAGUAGGAAUCAACAAUCUUUAAUUAGCCUCUUUUGGCAAAAUGCAAAACAGUCAAAUACUGUAGUUUACCAGCACCGACUAACAAUCUGAUACAGACGGUCACCCAGUACUAGUGUUGUCACGACUACCAAGAUUUCAAUAUUACAUCAAUAACAGAUCAAUACUGCUACUAAAGAUUAAAAUCAUUAGAAACCAAGUCCAUAAUAAUCUGGUGCAGCCAAAUGUGACUGUUUGGCCUCCAGAGCGGACAAAGACGGAUCAGACACUAAUGCUGAAUCGAUUAGUUGAUUUAUUGAUUGAUUAGUUGAAAAUUAAUUGAAUAUCAUUUUGAUAAUUGAUUGUUUUAGUUAUUUAUCAAAUAAAAAUGCCAAGCAGUCUUCAUUUUCUCGGUUCAUACCAUUACUUAUACAGAGGGUUUUUUCCUCUGUUUUUUCUUUCUUCCCAUGAGACUUUGGCUUGUUUUACACACUUGAUACACUAAAUGAUUAACCACUUCAUCGAAAUAAUCUACGGUGAUAAUCAUUUUUUAGCAGCUCUGUAUAUCAGACAUCAGACAACAUCAGAUCCCCCCGUGGGAAAUCUGCGUCAAAGCUGCUUUCCUUGUUUUUGUUUGUUGUGGCAUCAUAUUACUGACAUUUUAGAUAUUACACACGAUCUGUCUGUGGUUUUGUGACAACACGAAUCCAAUAUUGUAGCUCACCUGGUUCUGUCAUCCUCAGGGCGUCGUGCUCCCUCCUCUGCAGGAUGAGGAGGAUUAAUUAGUUUCAGGUCGUCUCAUUACGCCUCUUGUCUCCUCUCUCUGCCUCCCGCCUCGCUCCUGCCUCCCGCGGUUUUCACACAGUUUCCACUGCACUCAGACGCAGCCUCUAAAGUGUGAGUACCACUUUGACUUUGAAAGGAAAAAAAACAAAACAAAACAAGACAUAACGUCUGCCAUCCGAUGAAAAUAUCGCCUUAAAAUUGUCUGCAAUGGGAAAAGCAGCCUCUAACGUGCAUGUCUCUCCCUGUGAUGUGCACACUGAGCUGCACAGGAGCAGCAAGAGCACAACUUUAUCUGCUAUCUGGUGUGUGAUGACACACACGACGUCAUAUUUUGGUCUGAUAGUGCAGCAGGUUGGCCAAAAUACUAGAAAAGCACUGAUGCGGUUAAAUCUGCCCACCCAUAACAGCCGAUACCAGCACCAAAACUGAUAUGCAUUUUUGUACAAAUCUCUCUUAAGAUUUUUUUUUUUUUUUUUUUUUUUAACACGACACCCCGUCAGUUUUACUGUGUUGCUAAUUUGACUGACACCCUCUUUGAGAGAAAAGUCACAAAGAUGUCUAUUUCACAAUCGACCAAAUAUCCACAGUAAAAAUUUAAUUGGGACCGUUAUCGAUCUUGCUUUCUAAAGCUGAUAUCAGACGACACUGAUAAUCUGCUGAUCCCCUUCAUGUUGUUUGUUGUGAGGGGUUUGAACUGGUCGGUCUGUUAGAGAAGUAAAAGUGAGCUGCAGUUUUUACACUGAAAGACUUUCUCCUCUCCUGCUGCAGCUGAAGCAGCUCAGUUUAUAGCACUACAUAUAUUUCCCCCAUUCCUGUCACUAUAUACAUUUACAGAUGUGUUCUGUAGGAUUGGACCAAGGUGCAUUUUAGUUCAAAUGUGGAGGAAGUGACCAAAGGUCUUCCCGCUGCGUAGAACCCACUGCUGCCAGAGUUACAGAGUUAGAAAGCACACGGUCAUCGCUUAAAGAGCGAAUACAGUGCUUCAUAGGCAGGUUAAAAUAAAAUGUGACCCAUUCUCUUUCCCACAAGGCAGUAUUUACUGUACGUUAUGUUGAGAUUAGGGUUUGUUUUUUUCACUUUCUCCAAUGGAAAAAAUAAAGAUGAGGAAAGUCCCCAUUUUGAGGAGGAAGCCAUUACAAGGUAACACUUGUAUGUCGUUGUGUCGGUUUUGUCCUGAUAUGAGCCCCAUUACACUCACUCACACACACACACACACACACACACCUCCACCCCACCAAGCCGGGCAGGAGGACCUCAGAGCAGCUGGUCUGAGGUCACGUCAGGUCGUCUUUGAGAAAAGUUUGAGGUUGGAUUACAGAAGAAGAGAAGCUGAGCGUGGUCAGAACCGGGAUCGGCGACCGUUUUCCUCCUCAGCUCAAGUAAUGAUAAAUAAAAAUCAUUUAAAAAAUAAUAAUAAUAAUUGUAAAUGUUUCGAAAGAUUACAACCGAACAAAUGUGUUUUUUCUCUGUGGCUGGAAGCUUGUCUGAUAAUCAUCCAUGUCAUGGGGGCUUUUAUUUUGUCAAAAAUAAGAAAAAUGCUGAAAGUGGCUGAGGAGUUAUGAAACUGUGACUCUUUGCUGCGUCUCAUCAUUUGUGCUUCAGCGUUGGAAUUUUUUUGAAGAAACUUCAAAGAACAGAGCUGUCAGCGACCCUGGCCAAGCAGGUUUUUGCUCUCUGUCUAAGCUGCAGAUUCACAAAAUCUCCCUCAACUUGUUGAUUAUAAACCUACAACCUUGACUUUGCUCAGCGUGCCGGGCUGUGAUUGGUCAGCUGGAAGGAAGUGGAGGAUGCCGACACUCAGCUGAGCGUCCGCUGUCCGGCGCGUGUCGCCUCGCAUCCUGUGGCCUUAUGCACGCACAUGACUUUUUUUUUUUGUUUGUUUUCCUCAGCAUCUUGUCUUAAUGUUUCCCCUUUCUAUCGAUAAACAGGAAGUGGACUCUCGCUCGCUCUUGUUUGUUUACUGGACACAAUGGACAGCAUCUGUUCAGUGAAUCAGAUUUGAGCGGCGAACGCAAUAACCGUUAAUAAGUGAAAAUGGGUGAAAUGGUUUUCCACACAAAGGCCUUAACCUCAGUUGUCUCAUCCUGAGGAAAAAACAGUGUUGCAGUGAUGAGGGGGUGCAGUUUAGCCUCCUGCAGGGUCAGGGUUUGAACCGUGCACACACACAUCCCGAGCUCAGCUUCAUUCCAUUUCAUAACAACGCUGGACUCGGCGUUGCGGAGGUUUCCAAAGGUUACAGCGCAGGUCAGGCAGAGUCCUACACACACCUGCAAAGUGUCAGCGUGACAAAUGGCUCUCCAGCUCGGGGGAAAGAUGUAGCUGCCGGAUAAAAAGUUUGGAGAAAUAUCGUUGAGUUUCAGUUAAAAGGCAUUUUGGCCGGGGAUAAAGAUGAUGAUGAUGGUAGUGUUGCUAUUAUUAGGACGUCCUCCACUGUUUCCCAAUUUGAAGAAUCCUCCCCACGUCCCGUGUAAGACCACCAGGUGGACCCGAGAGAAACAGUGUGGGACGGACCCAAGAGAUUCAUUUUAUCUGUGGUGAACAGUGUUUGCUGUCUUGCUAUGCUCACGAAUAUUGUGUCGUGUGUGUCUUUGUUUUUGUCGCUUACAUCUUGAAAUUACUGGAUCUCAGAUAUAUUUGAUCUUUUUAUUUUUUUAUUUUAUCAUUAUUAUUUUUUUUUUUUAAUGGAUGACCAAAUAAAUCAGGGUUGAGUUGUGUAGCGCCCUCUAGUGCCUUUACCACUGUUCAGGAAGACGUUUUGAAGGCCACGGUUGCUCAGGUGGAGGCUGGUGAUCGGCCUGUUCACACUCUGGCUGGUCGGUCCAAACAGCAGCAGAACCUCGACUAUCCAAAGCGUCUGCGAUCUGGAAACACACAGAAAACACAUAUUAAACACACCAAGCCUUCAGGGAAACAACUUUAUUUCAUUAAAUGUCUCAUUAAUGCCUUUAAACCACAUAAUAAACAUGUGGGCCUGGCAGUUUGAGACAACAGCAGCAUCAAAGAAAUGACUUAUAGUGGCUGUGACGCACACACACACACACACACACACUCACUCACACAACACAGUCUUUCUGGAUCCUCGAGGUCCUGCUGUAUUUCAGUUUGUCGUGUUGCCUUUUGCACUUGUCACUGCAUAAGUGUUUCCUAGCAGGGAGGGAAAUCCACACCAGCCACGUUCUGGUAAAAAAUAAGAAAAACUGAAAACAGUUUGAGUCUGUUGGAGAUAUUUUGAGUUCAGGCUCUCGAGCAUUCAGAUUUCAUUUCAUCUUCACCUGCCCUCGUCGAGCACAUCUCAGCGUUUGCUGUCGCUCACGUUCGCAGUAUCAGAAAAAGAGCCGCCAUAGUUGUUACUCGAGUGAUUUUUUAUCUUUAAACAGUCUCAGUUUAUUUGAAUCCUCUGUCAUGUUGCAUUCAUCAGUCGUUUGCAUGGCAAAAAAAAAAAAAAAAAAAAAGUGUAAAUGCGUGAUUGAGGUUUGUCUUUUUGCAUGACCAAAUGAAUUCCCUGGUGAUUCACGUGUUCAGUCUGAUCAGAAAAGUUUCACUCUGACAUGCUGCUGCGUAUCCAUUCUGGGGAAAUAUGUCACUAACUCAGUUUCAUAUUUAGAAACAAAAAACACUUUUGACAAAUCUUUUCUGUUGUGUAAGGACGGUGAGGAGCUUCAACACUAUUCAGUCACAUUUUCUGUCUACAAGCUGUCAUUUUGUCAGAAAACACGUUGAGUUCCUGAUCUGAUUCAACGUCUCUGGUGUUUCCUGUCUUGUUCUGAUGAAACGAACUGUUCUCAUCUCAGAGCCAGUUGGACUCGUACGACUGUCCGGAUUUGAUAAGAUGUCAAUAUUAGAGGACCGUUUAUGCAGUUUCACAGUAUUUUUUGAUAUCGACAGAAUUUAUUGUUGGAUUUGAUCUAUGAUUAAAUGAGAAUCUGUUAUGUCUGAUCGUUUUGUUUGUGUAAAUUAACUGAAAUAAAAUGAUUAAAAUAAUUCAA